AACAUAGAAAGAAAAGAAAAGAAAAGAAAACAGUAUGAUUUUGCUUUGAAGAACAUGGCUUGUUGGUAGGGACCUCACAUCAUAUGCAUGAGCACACCACCCUUCUUGUCUCUUCUCUCUCUCUCCUGUUUCUCUCGUGUGAGAGAGAUUUCAUUGUUGUUGUUGUUGUUGAUGUUCCUCUCUGUUUCAACAUCACUUUUUGUCACCAUUGAAACAAGCUUUGUUGCUAUUCUACUUCAAUCAGUUUUCAACACUGUUUUUCUUUGCUUGUUCUGGAUUGGAAAUUUGAGUUAACUAUACACAUGGGUUUGGACUUUAAUCAAAUGGGUCGGUUGAAUAAGUUAUUCUUCUGCAGUCUGUAUGCUCAAGUUUGGAAAUUUAUGAUUCUGCAUUGAACACUGCUUAUUAGGUUUCUCUCUUUUUCUUCAGCUUGCUAAUCCAAGAUCUACUCCAGCCUUUGGAUUAAUCAAUGGGAAGACAAGAGUUGGAGUUGGAUCUCAAUGACAAGUCUGCAAAGGUUCUGAGUCCCAAUACUGUUCUUCCAUCUCAUCAGUAUUGUGUGAAUGCGAAGAAGAGAUCUAAAAAGGGAAAACCCCCACGGAACGGUGAGUUUUUUACCCUCAAGGAGGACUUUGCGGAGAUUCAAUUUGCUCGCUUCCGCAGUGCUUCAUGCAAGAGCCUUCUUUCUAGACCUAAUGGACUGGAAGUUGAUGUAGAGACGAGGCGGGGCUCCGUGUAUCAGAGUUCAGAGGAAGUAAAAUUUAUAAGGAAAAUGGGCACCAUGGUAGGGGGAAGGAAAAAAAUAGAAUUUUCAAGUAGGGGUGAAACCUCUUUCUCAGGCAGCAUUGUUGAUUCUUUAUGUGGUUCAGAUGAUGAAGGUUCCAGGAAGAGAUCUUCUGAGAUAUCUCAUGAUUCAAAUUUGAGUUCCGCAAAUGGCUUUAUUGAACUUUGCAUACAUUCAGAUGUUAAGAAAAGAAACUCUACUGCAGUGGAAAGGAGAGAUUCUAUCAAUUUGAUGUCCAGAAGUGAUAAAGUUUCUGAUUCUCUAAUUAGUGGCAAUUCUCUUCUUGAAAAAUACAAAGUCCACUCAUUGCAAAAGUCAGUGUCUGCUAAGGUGAAAGUCUCUCACUUACUAUCUCCAUCGGAAAGUGAUUCCUCAUCAAAAGCAAGUCCAAACGUUCAAUCUUCACCUAUUAGGAAAAGGAUGAAUCAUUUCACAAAGUCACAAUCUUUGAGAAGUCCAAUGAGCCAUGUGCAGGAAACUUCAAAUGAGGCAGCAAACAUUGCAAGAAACAGGUCUUAUCAGAAAUAUUUGCUGAAUGAGUUAUCCAACAAAGGAAAUCAUUCCGACAUUAUUUCUGAGUUUAUCAACAGAGAAAUCCAGUAUUCGGGUAUAGCAUCUUCACCGGUUCACCUGCAUUGUAAUCUCAAGAUGGAAAACAAACAUGGAAUGCCUUUUUUUGAGUUCAAGGUCAAAUGCCCUGAAGAUGUGUUUGUGGCCAAGACAUGGAGAGUAGGUAAUGCUUUUAAUUGGGUAUAUACAUUUCACUCCAUUGAUACUAGAAAGAAGAGCAAUGCCACUGGGUUGGAGUCUCAUGAUUUUGUCAAAGAUUCCUCAAUAGUAGCACAGAUGCUAGUUUCCUGUAAUCUAUGUUCUAAACAAGAAGACACAGCAUUUGACAACACUAUGGUGACAGAGUUUGUGUUGUAUGAUCUCACACACUCAAGACAUAGCGUUUCGUCUGGAAAAAAGUCUUUCUGUGAACAAGAUGCUUCAAAAACUCCAAAAGCUUCCCCUGUUAGAUUGAAGGAAGAAACAUUCAGGCUGGAUGAAGAGAAACAAUCAAUCAGAAACAAACCUCUAUCAAGCCAUGUUGAUUCAAAUUGUUAUCCUUUGUUACCCACCGAAUCCAAUUCAAACCUUGAAGUUGCUGCCAUUGUCCUGCAAAUUCCAUUUUCAAAGAGAGAGAGCUUGAAGUACAAGAGAGGGGAUAGAGUAAGUCCUAAAGAAUACUCCAACAUAAGCAAUCUUUCUGCAUCAGUAGAUCAGAGUAGAAAGAGUAUUCAUGAGAGCAAAGAUCAGGAACAAGUGAAGGUGGUAAUACCAACUGGCAGCCAUGGUUUGCCGAAUGUUGAAGGCCGGGGUCCCUCAUCGUUACUUGAUCGAUUGAGACAUGGCGGAGGUUGUGAUUGUGGUGGCUGGGACAUGGCCUGUCCCCUUAUUCUUUUGGGCAAUCCUAGUAUACGAUUUGCGGAAGACCAGCCACUUAUGAAGGAAUAUCAACCACUCGAACUUUUCGUCCAGGGAGCGAAAGAAAGUAGUCCUACCUUCCGCAUGACAAUAGUUGAAGAGGGGCAUUAUGCUGUUGAUUUUCAUGCACAGUUAUCCACACUACAAGCAUUCUCCAUCUGCAUUGCCAUUUUGCAUGGCACUUCAGCCUUCAACAGUGCAGGGCACAAGGAAAACCAGAAGUUAUCUCAAUGCAGUUCUUUGAAAAUGCUCAUCGAGGAGGAAGGGGAGCUUCUUUUCAAAUCGGUCACUGCUGAGAAAAAGUCUGAGUGCAAUACCCCAAAAAGAAUUCCUCGAUCCUAUAUGUUAAACCCACCUUUUUCUCCUAUUGCACGAGUAUAAAGUGCAGGCUUGAGCAAUAACAUGUUGGGAAAUCCUUCUAGGUGAGGAGCUUAUGUCUCUUUGAGUAGCUUAUGCUUAUCAGAAUUGAUUCUGAGAAAAAAGAAGCUGAUCCAAAUAGGCUACAACCUCCUAGGAUAUGGAGUUAUGGUGAUCAAAUAGAAAAUAUAAUAUAUACUCUCUAAUCUUUCUCCCAGCUGAAGCCUUUAAAUUAAGGCAUUGCUGGUUAGAGAAAGAAACCCACUAUGCUUGCGGAGAUGAAUCGAUGCAACAGCAACAAGGUAGAACUGUAGAAGAGGUUCUAAGUGAGGGUGGGAUUCACAUGAAGAUGAAGUUUUGUUUGCUAGGGGCACAAUGCUGAAGCUGUGAAGCACCCUCAGCAUCCUGAGGGAAAAUGUGAAGGGGUUGCUUGCUGAUAGGGAUAGCAAUUUAGAGGUGUCAGAAGCAUUCUUUGUAAUAAGUUCUUUUAUUCCAGUUUCUGGAAGUACAUGGGAUAGAAACAAAAUAUUGUCCAUAUUGUAAUGGGAUUAGGUUGAGGGAAGGGAAAAAAAGUUCCUUUACACUUAGUAGGAGAUAGCAUAGCCAUCCUUUCUCUUCCUGUUUAUACCUAUUAAGAUUAUGAUAUGAUAAAUUGUGGGAAGUGGAUUGGAAUAAAUCCAUAUUGUUGGCCUCU